AUGUCGAUUGAAGAAAUGAAUGGACAAAGAAUGAUAGUUGAACUGGAAGAGAGCAAAUCACCUUCAGAACAAGGUCAACAAGAAGAAGCCGGGUCAUUAAAUGUUGAACUAGGGGGCGAUAGUGAUGGUGUUGAUGUCAGGGACUCUGUACUGGUUGAAGAUGCUGACGAUGAUUUGCUCAGCAGUAGUGGCAGCGAUGACAGAAGGUUGUUCGUACAGGAUCCUAGGGAUGAUGACUAUUUGCGAACUAUUGCGGAAGGUUUGGUACAACGUAAGGAGAACCCGUACGUGGAAGUACGCUAUGAGAGAGAUGUAUAUCCGUUGUUUGAUGAUCAUAGUUCCCUUGAACAUGAUGUAGCGAUUGAAAAUUACAGGCAGUGUGUCUGUAAGGAUCCAGCCAUGUUACAAAGAAGUUUUUCUGAGUUCAUGGCACAUUUACGUUCAUUUCUAGAAAGCCGACAUGGAAGAUUGAAGUUCGCUAGCCAAGAGAUUCUAUUAUCGAUAGUACCGCUUGACCUAGUGGUUUGUGAAGACAAUGUUUACAAUUCUCAGAUAUCGUUGGCAGAUGUAGUGAAUAUCUUUGAAAUUCUACAGACUAGAUCUAGAGAAGCCGAAGAGAGAGAGAUACCAAAGCAUUUAGAUAUGGAAGUGUCGACGCGGCCAAGGUUUGUCUCUCGCUAUAACACCUUGGUUGAACUAACCGAAGGUAAAGCAACUCUAAGUAAUGUUAGACCAUUUUCAAAUGAUGAAAGUCACCCACUGGUGCUGGAUGAUGACCAACCAGUAAAAGUCAUAAAUUCUAAACAGAACACAUCAACUGUAGACAAUAAUGAUUCGGAUGAACUGCUAGAAAUAUUAAGUGAAUAG